CUCCCAGAUCCCUGAACUCCCAACCCUCUAUUCACGAACAGCAGAGCCAGUUCCUGGGCGGGACGGAGCAAGCAGAGUAGCUGCUUUGUACACCAUGGAAAUUAAUGUGGAGAAAGACAAACAGACAGGAGAGACCAAGAUUGUCUCUACUUCACCUAUUGGCCCAGAUGGGGCCCAUCAAAGAGGAUUCAAAGUCUAUGAUGAUGGUACCAAGGUAGUCUAUGAGGUUCACUCUGGUGGCACAGUGGUAGAAAAUGGAGUACAUAAAUUAAGCUCAAAGGACGUAGAUGAACUUAUACAAAAAGCUGGACAAUCAAGUGUAAAAGGAGGGUAUGAAACAAUGACCGUGUCAGACAGAAAUGUGAUAGCAGAUGGAAACUUUAGCCAUAUGAAGGAGCAAAUGCUCUUCAAGGAGGCAAAGCUGGAAAUGGUACGCAAACCCAGCAAAGGGCAUCCUGUGAACCCUCAGCCCCAAGAUAAACCCUGUGGUGGUGGUGAAGCCCCGGAAGCCAGCACAGAUCAGCCGGUGACAAUGAUAUUUAUGGGCUACCAGAACAUCGAUGAUGAAGAGGAGACGAAGAAAGUGCUGGGUUAUGACGAAACGAUCAAGGCAGAACUGGUCCUGAUCGAUGAAGAUGACGAGAAGUCGCUGCGGGAGAAGACAGUGACAGACAUCUCUACCAUGGAUGGGAACGCCGCUGAGCUCGUCUCUGGUAGGCCUCUGUCAGACACGACAGAGCCCUCCUCUCCAGAGGGGAAAGAAGAGAGCCUGCCCUUGGAAGCCGCCCCAGGUGAGGGAGGAAUGGAUGUGUUGCCAGCGGACCUGAAAGGACUGUGGCCUUGUGAAAGUCCCGAAGUGGAGGAGAGUGCAAGGAAAUCUUCCAGAAUCCCUGAGGAUGACAUCAGGUUGAGAAAAAACAGAGACCAAAACUGUGCCAAUUUCCUGGAGCCGGCUAGCGUGCUUGCUACAAAGGAAGAGAAAAUGGAAAUUGAAGUUCCAGUUUCUGAACACAAAAGCAUCACCACAGUGGCUUCACCACAUCCCACAGACAAUCAAACUCCCUUCUUUUCCCCUGCUGCCGGCCACAAUGGACUUAAGGACAGGCAUGAAUCUCUGGACAGUGAAGUUGCUAAAGAGAUCAGAUAUCUCGAUGAAGUGCUGGAGGCAAAUUGCUGUGAUUCUGCUGCAGAUAAUACCUUUAAUGGGACAUCCUCCCCUGAACCAGGUGCAGUCUCUGUUGCAGAUGGCUCAGGAGCAUCUGUUAAUGUUACUAACGACUCAGUACCAGGUGAAAGGGACGAAAAUGUAGCUGACAACCAGACACCCUUGGUGGCUGAACGAAAUGAAGCUAAUAUAAAUGAUGAGAAUGUGAAAUCUAAUGGCCAUUCUUUGGGGGGAUUGAAAGAAGACACUAGUGACAGUCUGAAGGUGCCUGGGAGUCCCGCUUCUUCAAACAGUUCUAGAAGAUCUUCUAAGGACGGAGAAAUAACUUUAACAACUCUUAAGAAAGAGGCUAAGUUUGAACUACGAGCCUUCCACGAAGACAAAAAACCAUCUAAGCUCUUUGAAGAAGAUGAUGAGAAGGAAAAAUACAGAGUCCGGAAAGUGAGACCGUCAGAGGAAAUGAUGGAACUUGAAAAGGAAAGAAGGGAACUUAUUAAAAGCCAGGCUGUCAAGAAAAAUCCCAGCAUUGCCGCCAAAUGGUGGAACCCUCCCCAAGAGAAGACCUUGGAAGAACAGCUAGAUGAAGAGCAUCUGGAGUCCCACAAGAAGUACAAGGAGCGCAAGGAGAGGCAGCAGCAGCAAGGUGCAACACCAACAUCCCCCAAACAGGUCAGCUGCUCCUUUGUACCGCCAGAGCCGGUCAGUAUCAAAAAAGAGGAUAUUGUCACAGAGCAAAUUGAUUUCUCAGCUGCCAGGAAGCAGUUCCAGCUAAUGGAGCAUUCAGGUCCAUCUCAAGGUCAGGUCCCACCAAGGCGGUCAGGGACACCCAAAAUGUUUUCCAUCAAACCCUUCUACAAGAGCCUCAGUUCUUCGCAUGUAGACAGGCCACUGUCCUCCAUGGCAAGACCUGCUUCUGUCUGUGGACAAACCGGACAACUUGAGAGUAAUGAUGUCACUGUGGUCAAAGCACAAAAGGUUGCCUGUACCUCAGAGGAGGAUGUGAAUGCUCAGAGUAACAUUGUUGACCCAGUAAGAGAGUUACCAUGCAGUGACAGCUCCAGAGGUGGCCAGGCCUCAAAACUGUGGCCAGAGGAUGGUGAAUUCAUGAGUGCAAGAGCAGUCUUCACCGUGGUGAAGGAUGACGGACAGGGUGUGCUAGACCAGUUUUCAAAGUCAACCAGCGCCUCUUCCCCUCCAGAGGAACUAGACUCUGGCUUGGAUGACUUGUCUGUAAGGUCCCAGGAUACCACUGUCUUGGAGACCCUUUCCAAUGACUUCAGCAUGGACAACAUCAGCGACAGUGGCGCCUCCAAUGAGACUAUGAGCGCCCUCCAGGAAAGCUCGCUGGCGGAUUUCUCCCUGCCGCAGACCCCCCAGACUGACACUCCCGCGGAGUGCAGAGAGGAAGGUGUUUCCAAGUCCUUCAGCGACCCAGGCUUUGACUCACCACCCUCCACCUUGGCAGAUUCCGUGCUGAUCGAUGACCAGUUGGAGUAUCACGCUGGCCUGCUAGUUCAAAACGCAAUUCAACAAGCCAUAGCUGAGCAGGCAGACAAAACAAGCUGUAAGCAAGAGAAAAUCAUGGCAGAGCAGGAGAUCUCAGUUGAAGAGCUGUCAGCCACUGGGCCAGUGCCGUGCCCUGAGGAGCAACAGAGCCCCAUGUUUGAGCCACCCCAGGUGUCUUCUCCUGUUCAAGAAAAAAGGGAUACAAUACCAAAGACUUCAGAAGAGGAAGACUCAGGACUCAGGGAACGGAAGACUUUGCAGCCAUCACCCAUAUCCUCAGCCAGCCAGCCAUUCCUUGUGGAGGAAAAUAGGCAAGAAGUCAGCUAUUUUAGUAAGUAUUCAGAGGCAGCUGAGCUGAGGAGCACCGCCUCUAUCCUUGCCACACAAGAGCCUGAAGUGACCAUGGGCCCUUUUAAGUUACGCUCGAGGAAGCAGCGGACAUUGUCGAUGAUAGAAGAAGAGAUCAGAGCAGCCCAGGAAAGAGAAGAGGAGCUGAAGAGGCAGAGGCAAGGUCUACAGGUCGCACCGAGCCCUCUUAUGAAGAGCGCACCACCCAUGCCCACCAGAACAGUGUCUUACAAAACUGCACCAGGAAAGAUAGAGAAGAUCAAGCCUCCUCCAUCUCCAACCACCGAGGGACCCGUCUCACAGUCCGAGCUCCUGCCUGAGGAGCCUGCAGGAGCCCAGCGACCUAAGAACUUGAUGCAGACUCUCAUGGAGGAUUAUGAAACACACAAAACUAAGAGGCGAGAAAGGAUGGAUGACAGCAGUGUCCUGGAGGCGACCAGAGUGAAUCGGAGGAAGAGCGCUCUGGCGCUGCGCUGGGAAGCCGGCAUUUAUGCCAACCGGGAGGAGAACGAAUAGUCGUGCUGUAGCGCGAAGGCGGCGGCUAGGGACUGCAAAACCAAAAAAAGAGAAAAAAAACAGAAAAAAGGAGAGGAAAAAAAGGAAUAAGAAUAAGCAUUAGCAUUUUAAUCCGAUAUUUAUUAAAGAUACAAGAAACUCAACGAUGCACAUCACAGACACAGAAAUGAUCCGUCUCCCAGCAACCCUAAAAACAACAGGAAAUCCCACCUGGAAAGCACACCCUUCCCCCCUCCCUUCCCCCCGUGAGAU